AUGAAAAAAGUUAGCACAAUUGAAGAAGCUUCAAAAAUUUCUAAUAAGGCUCAAAUAACUGACGUAGUCUUUAAGGGUCAAAAAAUAAGUAUGUUUGAUUUCAGUGCUUUUAGCAAGGUUUAAAGAAUAGAUUGCAGUGAUAACUAAAUUGAUGACAUUUCAUCUUUAGCAAAGCUUAAAGAAAUGACAAAUGUCAAUUUUAGCAAGAACUCAAUUACUAAAAUGCCUGAAUUUGUCUCAGUAUAAUAAUUGGUCGUUUUAAAUCUUGGUUACAAUUAAAUCAAACAAAUCGAAGGAUUAGAUAAGCUUGUAAAUUUAAAGGCAUUGAUUUUAAAUAAUAACGAAAUUACUUCUAUUACAGGAAUAUCUAAAUUGGCUAAUUUGAAUACUUUAAUUCUAUCAAAUAACAAGAUUAAAAAAAUAGAAAAUCUUAUUCAUCCUUAAUUAGAAAAAGUUAAUCUUUCUCAUAAUUAGAUUAAGGCAAUUGAAGGAUUCGAAAAGCUUUAACAACUUAAGGAAGUUAAAUUAAAUGAAAAUCAAAUCAAAGAAAUCCCUGAAAAUGCGUUUUAAAACAACAGCAAGCUUCGUAUUCUUGAUCUUGGAAAGAAUCUUAUUUCGAAAUAAGAAAACUUAGAAGGUUUGCAAUAAUUAAAAUGUUUGUCUAACUUUAGUUUAUUGAGUAAUCCUAUCUUAGAAAAUAUUACUCCUGAAGAAAUCCAUGAAAUAGUUCCAUCUCUCGAAAUAUUUAACAAUAAAAAAUUGGUAGAAAAGGUUACUCAAGUAGAAAAAAGAGGUCAUUUAACUAAGGAAGAAAAAAUUAAAAAGAAAUUUGAAAAGAGACAUGAAAAGAGAUAGCAACUUGGGCUUCCAGAACCUGAAUAAAAGUAGGGAGCUGAUGAAACUGUUAAAAAAUAAAAAGGAAAUGAUGGUAAAGAAUAUAAAAAGGACUUUAAGAAGGACUUUAAAAAGAAUACAAAUGACUCUAAAGGAUACAUGAAAAAGAAUUCUUAAAUUGAUGAAUAAGAAGAACUCAAAAAAAUAUCUUAAAAGUAUUUCAAAUAAGAUAAUGAAGAUGAACCUCAAAAACCUCUAUUUAAACAUGAGCAAUUAAGCAAAAAAGAAGCCAAAAUCUAAGAAAAGCACUAAGAAAAAAUAAGAAAGAAUAGCAACUAAUCAUUUAAAAAUGAAGAUGAAGAAAAUGACGAAAACGAGCUAGACGAUCUUGAAAAUCUCCAAAAAUAAAUACAAAAAGCAUAAAAAAAUCAAGAGAAAAAGAACUUUAAAAAUGACAAAAAAGAAGGUCAAGAAGGAUAACAUAAAAAGAAGACAGCUAUUCAAAAAAUUGAAUUCAACUCAGCAGCUAUUAAAAAGCAAUCACAUAUCAAGUAAUAUUCUCAUGUCUAGAAGAAAGAAUAAAAGAAGAAAGAAAAGUUAAAAUAAGCAUUAGGAUUUGAUGACGGUAAUAAAAAGGCAUCAACAUGGGAUGAUUGA